AUGUUGAAUGGAAGCAAUGGUGAAAACAAAACUUUACGCGACAACAAAACUGUUCGAGAUAAAACAUUGCGUGAUACGAAGACUGUGCCAUCAGUGGUAAGCGCCAACAAAAAUGCCGAUGAACCAUUUGAUGUUAUCAGUUUUUGUAAACGACAUUUUCGAGUUGAUGCUUGGGCAAACGAGAGAAGUGUGAGUUUUUGAAGAAUUUCAGAAAUAUAAAAAUGAAAUUCUGAGGGAGAUAGAAAAGUUUCAAAAUUUUUAAAUUUCAAAAAUAUGUUCAAUAUUUCAAGUUAGUUGGACAUGUUCAACAGAUGUUCUGAAUUUUAAUUGGGGUACUGUAGUCCUUAAGAAUCAUAAUUUAGUUGAUCUAUAAAAUUUGAGUUACUGUAAUUCUAUUCUAAUUUUCCAAUUUUUCUUUAUAUUUUCAGCAAGUUUAUACAGUUCGAGAACUACUCGCACUAAUUGAUGGCGCAAUAGAAGCUUUUAAAAAAGACGAAUCACUCGCCACACUUUCUCCACCUUGUACAAUUGUUGGUGAUAUUCAUGGACAAUAUCGAGAUCUGAUUCGUAUUCUUUUUUCACGACACGAUAAUAUUGAUCCGAAAAAUCUGAAAGCUGCCAGACAUAUGGAGAAAUUUGGGGUUGAAAAUGCGACUACCAGCAGGUUGGGCAAUUUUGAAAAUUCAAAAAAAAAUGUCGGCUAUCAGCUGAUAAAUCAAGUUUCUCAAAAAUUCUGAAAUUAUUUGGAUCAAUGUUUCACAUUUUUCCAGAUUCAUGUUCCUCGGUGAUUUUGUAGAUCGUGGUCCAUUUUCUGUCGAAUGCAUUUGCCUCGUUUUUUGCCUCAAAAUCAUUUAUCCAAAACAAUACAUUUUAUUGCGAGGAAAUCACGAGACAAAAGCAAUUAAUUUUGCCUAUGGUUUUCGCGAAGAAUUGAUGAAUAAAUUGGGACAAAAUGAAGGAGUUGAUGUUUGGGAAAAGUUUAACGAAGCUUUUGCUUGGAUGCCUGUUGCUGGAUUGAUUGGUGGUAAAAUAUUAUGUAUGCAUGGUGGAAUAUCACCAGGCUUGAAUUCGUUGGCUGAUAUUCGAGCGGUAAUUUGAAUUUACAAUCAGAUUCCUAAUUUCAAAAAAAAACUCUUAUUUUAGAUUGAGCGACCUUUGGCUGAUGUAAAUGACAAUAAAUUGGCACUUGAUUUACUUUGGAGUGAUCCAAUCGAUAAUUUGAAUAUUAAUUCAAUUAAUGAUCGACCACAAUAUAUUAAAAAUGUUGUUCGUGGAUUAUCGUGUUGUUUUAAUGAUGCGGCAAUUGCUGAAACUAUCAAGAAGUUGAAUAUCGAUUUGAUUGUGCGAGCUCAUCAAGUUCAAGAUAAUGGUUUUAAGUUUUCGCGUGAUCGAAAACUUAUCACUGUUUUCAGUGCGCCAAGAUACAUGCUUGAGAAUGAUGUGAGUUUUCAAUCUCAAAAAAAAAAAAUCAAAAAUGGUCCGAUUCGUGAAAUUCUGAAAAUCUUCCAGUUUCGUGUCAAAAAAUUUUCAAAACAAAAAUAUGCAUUACAGAAUCUCGGAGCUGUGCUCAAAAUUCGAGAAAAUGGCUCACUUUCUAUUAAAUUGUUGAAGGCCUCAUCGAGAAAUUUGAAAUCAGAUCGCGGAAAAGGAACACCGAAAUCGGACAAAUCCAAAACAUCUGGAAGUUCGAAGAGUUCCAGCUUGACUACUUGA